AUGAAAGUGGCAAAAAUGAGGGUGAUGAGAAGCGAGGUAAAGGGCAGCGCUUUGCCCCUUGAUCAACACUUAACGCUGUGCUUCCACCAUCUUCCCAAUCACGUUGGAGGUAAUGCAUGUGGAGCCGCUACUCGAAGUUGCUUGUUCAGGUUCCUGGGCAUUCGACUUGGAGUACAGAGAGGUUCUUUCAAGACGGGUUUUUCACACAGCUGCCUGUUUGGAGAGAGCGAGGACGCCAUGACGGCGGCUUCGAGCUCUCGACUGGCAAGGGUAUUGGAUGGUGCUGAAGAGGUUGCCGACGAGGACACAGUGAUGGACGUUGAGGCUCAGACAGAGGACGCGCCGCAGGGUUUCUGUGUGGACUGUAAGGACCAGAGGGCGAGAGUGAGGUGCGAGGAAUGCGGCGAUGAAUACUGCAGAGUCUGCUUCAAUAUGCUACAUCGGAAGGGCAAGAGAUCGUCUCACGCGCCCAUCAGCCUGACGCCCAACGACGAAGCCAGCAGCGACGAGCGGGAAGAAAUGACCUCCGCCGACCAGCCCGUCCCUUCCGCCGUGUCCUCCGAGCCGAGGGUGGAUGCAGGAAACUACUUCAUUGAGAGAGCCAAAUAUAUCCCCAUACGCCUGACGCUGGCGGAGAGAAAGAAGCUGCGGCUGGUGGAGGCAGCGCUCUCGGUGAGCGGCUAUACGGACAAGGUGGACACGCCGGGAGUGAAGAAGGCGAAGAGAGUUCACAUGCAGCUGCAAGACAUCUGCUCGUUCCUCUCCUCUCUGCUGAUUGCGACCGACUACACCGCGGGGAAGGAGCUCAUGGACAGCAGAGAGUUCAAGGAGCAUGAGGAAUUCUUUCAAACAAUCCUAGAGAUCGGAAGAAGACACAAGGUGAUGAAUCCGGAAAAGAUGCGCGGGGAGUACGGGAAGCUGAUCUACAUGCUGCAAGAUUCAAGCUCUCAGGAGGUUCAGCAAUUCCUUGACAUCUCUUGUGUGCGUCCCCUCAAGACUGUCUUCUCCUACCUGGAAGAGCGCGGAGCCGAGGGAGUUCUCAAGGACGGGCUGAUCACGGUAGCGACGCGAGAGAUCUUAGCGGACGGGGUGAAGUCGAGGAACCAACUGAACCGAGAGAGCAUGGAGAAACACCGUGCGAUCGAGCACCUCGCGCAGAAAUACUCCAGCAAGAGGAUUGAGGCGGAGGAGAUUCAACUGUGUCUAUACUCCAUCGGAGACAACCAUAGCUUCCUCACUGCCAACCGAGAUCCAGUCAACAAGAUGAUCACUUACCUGACCACCUUGUUCAACCCGGACAGAAUCGAGGAAGGUUACGACCUGUCGAUCGCCGACGGGGCAGGAGGAGCGAGGUUGUCGCAUAGCCAUGCCAAGCAGUACCAGUACGUCCUUCAGUCCCUCACGCUGUGGAAGGAGAUUGCUCAUGAUAUGUUCCGCCUCUGGUGCCUCGCCGAAGAAGAUCUGCUGAGUCCAGACAAUCGUUAUGACCUCAAGGACACAGGGCAAGGCUUGCAGAGGGUUCAAGCCGCCCCAAGAGUUUCCAAGGCCAUGAGGAACAUCCUUCACUCUACUCAGCAGCGCGUUGGCUCCUGGAUCGGCUCCUCCGUCGUUCAUCUCGGAGACAACAACGUCCCCAACGCUCUCAUCUUCAUCGACAAGUACACUCAGGUAGCAAGUAUCUUGAACCCCAUCGUCAUCGUCCUCAGGAACAUCCCAGAGCUGUGCAAGAACCCGCAGAUCGAGAGCUACAUCCGCACAACCUUCGGAGGGCCCGAGAAGCUCCAGAAAGAUAUCCUUCUUGACUUCUUCCGCUCGGCCUUCGACGGAUCGGGAGCUGACAACUUCUACGAUGCUGGCUCAUGCAUAGAUGGUCGGCUGACGUCGGCAUGGCACUGGUGCUCCAACAUCAGCGAGAAGCCAUUCUAUCCCAUCUUCAAGCUUGCGGGCUUCACGAGUUUUGAUGGAGAGUUCCAGAAGUGA